AUGACAGCUUGUUUGCUGGAAGGGUGGAUGGAGGGAUGAACAGGAAUCAAGAACAGAAGGAGUUUGUUGAGGGAUGGUACUAAACAAUCGCUGAGACACAUACUAUAGUGUGAGUAGAUAAGAAAAAGUUAUAGCAAGCUUCUGUACACCAUCACACCAAAUACUAGACAAAGAAUCAAUUUUUUGACUUGGGUUAAUAUUUUGUUUCUGUUUGUGAUGCAUUCAGGCUCUCUUGUAAUAGAGAAAAUAUUGAUUAGUGAAGCUUAAAGAUCACAAUGUAACAAACUGAAGUACGGUGCCACUAUUACAUCAUCUGUCCACCAGAGAGUGCUGCCAUGUUACAGUAGGUUUCCUUUGGCACUCUAAACAUAGAGAUAAAUGUCUAGGUGUGAUUUCAUCCCUUUUACAACAUAAUUUUUUUAUAUUGUGGCGACCUUAAGGGGGGUGGUCCCUCCGGGGAUAGACAGGUGCAUCUGUGGGAGUUCCUCCCGGGUCUUUUGGGGGCGAACAGUAUGUGUUAUGUAUGUGUUGGUGGGAUUCUGUGGCGGAAAUGUGUGGAAGUCUAGAGAAAGGACGUGUUGUUGCCUCAGUGUGUAUACUAAUGUGUAAUAAACCAGCGUUGUUGCAGUUCAACUGGUGCCGCUGUGUGUGUGGUGACGGCUGCAGUGAGGCCGGCUCACAUCCUGCUCCAGAGAGACUGGAAACUGUCAGGAGAGCUGCAGGGCUCCACGCUCCAGGUCCUUGCUGUUAGCCGCUGUUUAGCCUAGCCUCUACUGGCUAGUAGUACCUAAACUAUGGAUCUGAGUCUGCGAGACGCUCUGGGUGGGGGCGGAGGUGGGGUCCCGGGCGCGACCCCUUCCGAAGCCCUGCUGAAGCGAGACUUCAUGGCCUCACUGGAGAAAGAGAGCUACCACGACAAGGUGGGAGAGACCGUCUCCAAGACCGACUACCGCCCCCUGCUGGAUGGAAAGGACCCCAAGAGUGGUCCAGGGAUGAUGUCAUCAGGGGGACGCCAAGACCCAGCUGGACAGCCUGCAUUCAGCUCUGACUUCCUUUCUGGCUUCUCUCAGUCUGGGAUGGGAGGAACCAAGGGUUCCAGCCUGCCACCGUUCCAGACUAGCGUUGGCUCUGCUCUGGGUCAGUCUGGGAUGGGCUCAGCUUUGGAUUCCCAGAAGAGUUCAGGCCUGUUCGGGCUAGACUAUAAAACCUCCAGUAAUCCCAGUGGAAACAGUCCAUUUAAAACUAGCGACUUGUACUCGUCUGGUGGACCAGGACUCCACUCCAUGGAUUAUUCUCCAGCAGCUCCCGUCCUUUCUCCCAGUGGCUCAAUGGACGACAGCAGUGCCACAUCCUCGGCCUCCGAGCCUCGAAGCCCCGACAGAGUGGGGCCAGGGGGCGAGGCUGGCAAGCAGAGGAGGCUGAAGAAGAAGAGGAGGGGCCACGACGAAGCCUACGCUGUCUUUAAUACACAGGAGAAUAACCGCAGCCAAUCAGACAAGCAUGCGAUGCGGGAUAAGGGACGGGAGGUGGAGGAGGACGAAGACGAGGAGGAAAACUGGGAGUGGGAGAUCCGAGAGAGCGGAGCAGGGGGUCGAGUAAAAGGCAGGAAAGUCAAGAGUCGGGCCAGACUUCCAGAGGAGUGGGGUGCUCCCCAGCUCCCUGCCUCCCCCACACCCACUACGACUGCACCUGCUGACUCGGGUGCAUCUGAGUUCACAGCUCCAAACUGCAAACCCAGUCCUGCACAAAUCCCCACCACUUUCACCAGCCCCCUACCGGAUCCAUCAGCACGCUCCUAUGAGCCCAUGUGUGUGGGCGACUUCCUCAUGCCUUCUAAGGAUGGACAACCGGCAAACAGCAAUGUUACCGUAGCACCUGGCACAGGCAGCACCAGCAGCAGGACUGCCUCCACUGGGAAUGUGGGCGUUAGCCUAGCGUUAGCGACGGGGGACAGUCUAAGCCCAGUCUCCCAGACCUUUUCUUUUCUUGAUUCAGUCCUACAGACCUCACCCGGGUCCACUCUAGACUCACAGACCACCACUCCCAUCACCAACACCCCCUCCCUCACUGCCGCCGCCCAAACGAGGUCCGCCGUCACAGAAGCCGCUUCCGCCUCCUCCUCCGGCAUCACUCCAGACCUUCCCCAGACCUCUGCUGUGUCCCCCAACGCCAGUGCCGUCCAAUCAGCUUUAAAUGUCAACGCCAAACCUUUCGUCCCUUCAGCCUCAUUCCUAAGCACAGCUUCACCCCAUAAAAAUGAAGCUGUCUCCACCGCAUCACACAGUACUGCCCUCAAAAGUACCACAUCCCUUAGCUCAGCCACACCACCUCCCUCCAUCAUCCCUGCACACCAGGAGUCCUCAUCGCCACAGCUGCCCCCACUGGAAGUUAAAGCAAACAACAAUGACAAGCAGGAGAAGACAGACCUUUCUGGCAAGACAGAGAAGAAUGAGGCCUUGGACAAGAAGGAGAAGGAGGCGCAGCAGAAGAAAGACAACGGCCCGGACAAGAACCAGAAGUCUGAGAAGAUCCUCAAGGACGACGACAAGGUGGAAAAGAUGAAUGCUGAGAAAAACAACAAGGACAACGAAAAGGUCGAGAAGGUGGACAAGCCUGAGAAGACUAACAAAGAUGAGAAGAAGGAGGAGAAGAAGGAGGAGAAGGGUGGGAAAGGCACGGCUAAGUCUCCAACGGGCACCAAGGCUAAGCUUGAAGUGGGCUCAGCCAAAGCAAACUCUAGGUCCCGUCCCUCCACCCUCUCCACAAAUGCUGAGGCCACCUCAGGCAAACACCCCUCCCCCACCACAGCCUCAGCUAAUAAAAAAAGCCCCGUACCCAAGGCCACCACACCCGUCGCCACCAAGCGGCCAGCGUUGGCGACUGGCUCUGCCAAGGCCAAGGCCAAGACUCCUGAAAAUAACGAGAAGCACCCACCUGUAACGAAGGCCGCGGCUUCGGCCCGUGCAGCUGCUGCAGGCAAGACCGCUGCUAACAAGAAUGACAAGACAGGGGAGACCAAGAAGCCCAAGACCACUGCUCGUCCCCGCCCGGUCUCCAGCACCGCCCCCGCUACCCCGGCUGCCUCCACCAAUGGUGAAGCGGGGGCUGCUCACCGGCGCCGGGUCAUCACCAAGCCUCCCGUGCCCAAGCAGACCCCACUGGAGAAGAAGCCUCCGGUUCCCCGCGCCCCUCGAACCCCCCGGCCCAUCAAUGCCCCCACACCGGACCUGAAGAACGUCCGCUCCAAGAUCGGAUCCAUUGACAAUAUCAAAUACCAACCUGGCGGAGGAAAGGUCUCCUCCACCUCGAACAACAAGACAUCAGACCCUUCCACUCCUCCCAGCAAGUCCAGAGUUCAGAUAGUGCACAAAAAGUUGGACUUCAGCCAUAUUACAUCCCGCUGUGGCUCCAAGGACAAUAUCAAACAUGUCCCUGGAGGUGGCAAUGUGCAGAUCCUGAAUAAGAAGGUCGAUGUGAGCAAGGUGACGUCCAAAUGCGGCUCCAAGGACAACAUCAAACACAAGCCAGGUGGCGGUGAUGUGAAGAUUGAGUCUCAUAAGCUUAACAUUAAGGCCAAGUCUAAGGUCGGGUCCCUGGAUAAUGUUGGACCAGGCAGUGGACAGACUAAUGGACACAAGGAGGAAAAGGCGGAGGAGAAGGCAUGUUCACCCCCAAGCGGCGCUCUGACAACAGGACCAGCAGGUGUUGCUAAGGCAACGGUACCAGGAGGUGUUGCUAAGGAGAAUGGAGUGAAGGAGCCCAAUCCUUUUGGGGGAGCUGGACUGAGGGAGCCCCUUAGUGUAGACAAAGGCCUCACUGAGACUAGUGGACUGAGCUCCAUGUAGAUCUUGGUUGGACACGCAGGGCGCUCGCUGGCCUGCCAAUCAACUGCCCAACCAACCUAUCACGGCGCAGUCACUUCCCUCUGCUUCCGCCCUCCAUCUCGCCCACUGCAGCACCAAACUGAAUAAUCGCCUCUCAGUGUUCCUCUGGGGUCUGCCUGUCAGCUUCAUGCUACCAAUCCUGACUUUUGACCUUGCAACACACUCGGGUUGACCUUUGGCCCUGUCUAAAACAGAGAAGAGCACUUUGCUGUUUGUCUGUGUGGGAUUCCACCAACUUCUUGACUGAUAAGAUCCCCUUGUAAGCACUGAUUUAGAUGAUCCUAAUCUAACAGCUCGUAGGCAAUAAACUCACUAUCAUAGUCAAUGCUUUAUUUAGUAUAUUGAGCAUAAUCAGGCUUUUUAUAGAAUAGUUCCACCUGUGACAAUUACUGUUUAAACACCUCACAACUCAACUGAAACUACUCUGGCCCCCCUUACAGACCUUUUAGCCCUGUCGCCAGAGCUACUCUAUGGUAAUGCAACCCUCCUCUAUUCUGUCCCUUCGCUCUUAAUUUAUUUAUUACAUUUAUUACAAUAAUACAUAUUUAUCUCUAGAUUAUUAAUAUCACAAUGCUCUCAGCUAGAAGUGACUGGUGUUCAGAACAAGGACUUGUGCAGAAUAGAGUAUAUGUAGUCAGACACAUUUGGACGUAGACAGUCAAAGGACAGCUUUUAAAUUCAGUAGGAUGUCAGACAUUUAAAUGCAGUGCUAUAGGACAAGAAUAGAUUUAAUCAGUGGUCAUGAGUAACCUGAAGGGAUACAGCUUAGUCCAUUUUUGGGGAAGGUAGGUUAUUUGCUUCUUGGAUUGGAUUGGAUUGGAUUGAAACACAGUAAAUUGGCACCGAACCUGACGUUUGACUUUGAAUCAGGUAGUAACCUACAUUUUAUGAUGAGCAGCCUCUGCACCUUUAAGUCAAGUAAUCCAAAAGCACCAAUGCGUUGCACAUGCAUGUAGCACUUUUCCUCUGGCAGACACUGCGUCACCAGCUGCCGUUUAAAAGCCAGCUGUCCACCCAUUUAAAAUUGCUCAAUAGUUUGAGUAAAGUCACUUUAUGUGAUGAUGGGGCACAGCCUUCACCCCUUUGGUGAAACCUGACCCUUUAGAAUUUGCCCAAUAGCAGCCAUCUUAUUACUGAUGAUCUCUGAGGGACCAUUGUACCACUCUAUUCCCAUUUAUGCUUCCUAUGUCCACUCAGAAAUAGCUCACAAAAAAGAUACAGACUGCACCUUUCCCUAGCAGAGGUAGUGCUGUUGUCUUUCCUCUUCCAUAACCUUUAAUUCUGACAUUACACAGGUGGAGUCUGGACAGAAAAUGAGAGAGAAAACAGAGCAGCCCCAGAGAGCGGCUUUGAUGCAUUUGCAUAAGAAUGUUCUCUGCAGGAGGACUUUGGAAGUGAAUCAGCUACAAAUGAAUCAGUGUAACAACUGUCCUGUACUGUAAGUAGUCAGCUUUUAAAACCACACAUCUGUAUAUAACACAAAAAGUAAAUGCAUCAGGGUAUAACACUUUAAAUCGGUUCUGGUCACAUGGUCUUAGCACAAGUCCACAUCUUAUUGUGGAUGUUUCAGCACCGCAGCACCAUUCAGAUUUCUUUGAUUGAAGCAUUUAACUGUAAUAAAAGCACCUUAAUAGAGCAGAUCUAUUUAUUCCAUUACAAUAAACAAACAUUUAGCCUUUAUCUCUAAAUACACUCAAACAUGCACAGGAUGUGAGCUUUUGCAUGACAAGCACCUUGGGAGCACAAAAGAUUUCAGUCAUGUCAUGUUGCAUGUCUGCUAUCCUGCAGCCAGGACCAUGAUACAGUACUAGGGUUCCCACAUUUUUCCCAUACGCUCGGGAGUCUUACUCAUGCACUAAAACCUCCCCAAGCAGGAAGCACCUGCAGAGAGACAGACAGCACCUUCCUCUUCCUGUGUGAUGCUCCCAGUUCACCCCAGUAGAGAGCGACACACUGUUUAAGCCCUCCCCAGUAGCCACUGCGUCUUAGAAUCGUGUCUGUGCAAAAUUACAUUUACAUGUAUGCACAUGAAAUGACAAUGUGUACAGACACACACACACACACACACACUGAUCAUAAUACACAGCACCUCAGCAGGUUACUGUGAGGUAAUGUACAUGUAAGCUGCUCAUAAUUUUACUAAUAUAAAAUGAAACCAAGUUGUUGCUGUGUUUCGCUGGUCUCUGCUGAUAUUGUUUAAACGAUGGUGAGCUGUGUCGGUGUGUCGUUCCUACCAUAGUCCCGGUUGGACAAUUCGAUCGCAGACCCACUCACAUCUUCUCCUCUUCCCGUGUUUCACCCCUACUCUGGCAACAAUACAGCGAUUGAUGUUCAGAGCACCUCCAGCUGACCGUGCAAGUGAACAGAAAGAGGGAGUGAGGAUGGCAUUGACCGGUAGACACGAGAGCCGUGACUCCGCGUGAAUUAGGAACUAGUGGGGGGAGGAUAACGAUUCUCCCAGCUCCUAAAUGCUAUAAGUGCAGCAGCAUUCCAGCAAGGCAGAACCAAGGACAUGGUUGGGCUCAUCAUUUAGAUUUGGAAGUUGUGUUUUUGGUUGUUUUGUCUUUGUAACAUUUGUCAUGUGCUAGGCCCAUUUAAAAUGGUCCUGUAAUAGCACUUUGAUGUGCAGAUAAUGUAUGAGACAUAGUAAGUGAAGAGAAGCUUGUGUGGAGCAUUGUUUUUGCUCAGCUGCCGCAGUAGUCCUAAAUGUUCUACUGUGAAGGAAAGACUUUUCCCAGCCUGUUAGGAAACAGUGAAAAUAAAUCACCUGUAGUCAUUGUUAGCAUUUUCUAUUAAAGGUGCAGUGUGUAAGUUUAUUGACAUCCAGUGGUGCGGUUGCAAACUGCAGCCCCCUCAGGUUUCAUAUUAUUAUCUACUGUUGCUCAGAGCAUCAGUUUUAAACUAAUGAGGUUACUCUAGAUGCUUAAAGUCAUUUUUCUUUUUCCCCAAGCAGCACUCUAGAGGUUAGAGAUCAUGUCCAUAGUGUUAGGAUACAAUGAUCACAAGUGGUAAAAGCCAUUCUAACCCUGAAAAGACAUCCGUAUUUGGAAAUUGUUGUUGUACAACUGACAGUACAAACAGACUUGCAAAUUUUCUCAAAGAAAUCUAAAGAGGACAGAAAAAAAGAAAAAAAAUUACUUUGUUUGCUUCUCUAGCAUCAAAACACACAACUAGCCUUUAAAUGUCAGGAUAUCUAUGUUCACUAAUUUUGAAAUUACACUGGCAAUAAGUACUAAUAAAGCUGACGUGCCAAACAACAUCAAAGUAAGGAACAAUUCUCCAUGUGCACUGUUAAAUCAAGCAGCCAGACAGUUGCUUGUUUUGCUGCUUAGCUCAGGUGAGGAGGGAACGUUACAUCUGUGCAUACCUGUUACAGUGUUACCAAAUUGAAAGUCUCCCUCCUGAGACAGUGUCCCAUCCGAGCUUCCGUAGAAACAUUACACACUGCAUCUUUAAACAAAAAGCACUGUGAUGUGACUUUGAUUUACAGACCAAAAGCAUUGUCAUGCGUCACAAGUUCAAAGAUGAGUAGAGGCAGCAUCUUAAAAAGAGAGGGUCCUGCCUGCUCACUGUAAGUCUACUGUAUGUAUUAUGCAUUAAAAAGCUGUGAUGGUCUCUACCGAAACCAUUAAGGGAUAGUGGCAGAUUUAUGGCUUGUUGCUGUAGUUGUCAGAUGUGUGAAGUGUUACUAUUGCAUCCAUCCUGUAGAGGGCGCCGCUACACCUCUGGAACACUGAUAGUCUGGCUCUAAGACUUAAAGGCUGACUAGGAAGCCAUGCAUAGCCGAUAGAAAAGCUACAGUAGGUGAUCUGUGCCGUUGUGAUACUAGCUUUGAUGGCCACUACAUAUUAUUGUGUCUGGAACACUGCUGAAAUCAUAAAGACUAUGUACAGCUCCCCUCAAAUGUGUUGCACACUUUGAACACAGUGUCGUUGAUUUUUCGAUGCACUGAGGUAAUAUAAAACUGUAUAUUGGUAAACCAUUGUCAGCUGUGUACUGUGCACGUGUGCUUUUGGGUGCAAACUGUCUUUGUAGUUAGAUAAAACUAUGAUAAUCAAACAGCAACUUGAUCAAAUGAUAACUAGACAAGUUAAAGCACCAUAUAAGCAUACUGUAUGUAAUAUCGUAUCGUUCCCUUCAGAUCAUUCCCAUGAGUUGUAUAAAAGUGAAGCGCGUAUGUGGAUCUUAUGUCAAAACGACAGUGUAAAAGCACCCGAUAGGCAGCGAGUAGCAUGUACAGGAGGAGAAGCUUGUAAUGAUGUGUUACCAUAAGAUAGGACGAACUGAUGCCCCUUUAUCUCAGUCAGUUUAGUGGAUCGUAGUGGAACAUGGCUUCUGUGCUAUUAAUUAUGAUGGUUUCACACUCAACUCUCCAGUCUGCCCUUGUGUCAUUCCUGUAACAUUUACUGGCUCCUACUUUUUGACCAAGCUUCAAAGUCAUGUUUCCCAACUGGGCUGCAAAUGCUUCUCAGCUUAAAACAAGACACAUAUGAUUUAAAUGUGCAGCAACGUUGUGUAUUUAAACGUGUAUUUAAAUACAACAAUUUUUUAAGCACUUCUUAACUAAAGGUUGGUCUGAAUUCUUUAAUAGACAAAUUCCACUACAGGGUCCAAAGCAGAAAUUAUUUGGCAAAAAAUGUAUUCCACAAAUGUAACACUGAUAAGGUUAUACUUCACAUUUAAUCACACUUGGAGCUACGGUAUCUCAUCCUUAGCCUGAAAAGAUGAAGGGUCCAUUGGUUUCCUACUGUAUAAUACCUAAGAUAAGAUUGGAUAUAAUACUGGUUAUAUGAUUAGGGGUAAAUUGUACAUUUAUGCUUUUGGCACAAUAUUAUCGCCAUUAGACAUAAUGUUGCAUCUUUUUGCAGCAUGGACAAAAAGUAUUAACCCUUACCACUAGUACCGGGUUCACUCUGGUGUCUGUUUACACCUGUUCAAUUUCCUCGUUAUAGCGCAUGAAUUCCGCUCUUCCACUAGUAUCACUCACUGUCCCAACGUUUUUAGCACUUCAGAACUCAUAAAUAAUUAAAAAUAUUAAAAAAAGAACAAAACAACUUCUUACAGGGUGUUAUAAAUCCAAGUUAAUGUUAAUAUUAAUAUUAUAAGAUUGAUACCAUAAAGAAAGGAAAAGUGUACUUUUUUUAUGUCUGCCUUUUUUUUUAAAAGGGCUGAUGAAGUUUCAAGAAUGUUUUUAAAAAUCUAAUUUAAGAUGCAAGAUUUUGAGUUUGUGUAUGUUGUAUGUCUCUGUUCUGUUUUGGAGGAUGGAUCACAUGUGGAAAACGCUAUUUAAAACCGAGUGAAAGUGAUGGGCAGGAAAGGGGGCAGUGUGUGUCGUGCUCGUUAUUGUUCAUCACAAAAUCUAACAACUCGUGCAAAAACUCAGUCCAAAGCCCGAAUGGUUUUACUCCAGUGUGAAAUGUGUUCCAUACUACAUAACACCUGACACACACUGGUCAGCCCUUUCUUCCACCUACCACCCCCCUCGAUUAGACUAACGAGACAUAGUCUUGUGGCAUGUGGUACUAAGUAAUAUUAUGUAUUAGGCAGCUCCUGUAUAGACACCUUGGCAUACCUACCAACACAGAACUGAGUGAAGUUUGGACUAAAUUAUGUUCCCAAAAUUAAUAACAAGUGGUAACAUUAUUAGGAAACCUUGGAUGUAUUUGUACAACAAAAAAGCAGCAGAUUAUCAGUGAUGCUGAGCAACUUGACCUUGAUCAGCAGUGUUGGUAGAUAUGCAGCUGGAGCUCCUGGCUUUGUGUCCCAACUACAGUCACCAGUCAGCAUCACAGCACUGAAAAGUAGCUUUCUCUGUGUGUGUUGAUUACUACACUGCAGCUACUGUACCAGAUGGCAGCCCAGUAAAACCAACACUCCACCUAAUUGUUCUGUUGAACUACAUGUAUGUGUGUAUUCUAUUUUGAUUUUAUUUUCCUGUACUUCCUGUACCUUAGUGUGCAAUGUCAGCCACUAGUCCAAACAGAGAAAACAAGAUAAAGAAUCUACUUUCCAGUCCUGUGGAGUGAGUCCACUGUAGUGUGCUGUAUUAUCCUGUAGGGCACAACACUAUAGCAAGAGCAUGCAGAUGACAACAAACUGCUGGUUGUUAGAGGUAUCUGUCGUAUUAGAUAGAGCUCAUCUCCCCUUUUAAUUCUGAUUAUUUGGUAUGAAAGAGAUGUUCAUUGUGAUUAAUUGUUAACCAGUGAUGUGGAUAUUAAUCAUAAAAUAAAAAGAUGAGCAAUGA